AAUGUGAGAUAGAUUUUGUGCUUCGUAAUUUCAAAAUUCGGGAAUAUUUCAAAUUAAUAUACAGUCGCACUUAAUACGAAAGUUAAAAUUAAAAUGGUGCUCUCGACCAACUCAAUUCUUCGAAAAAGAUUUAUGCAACCCGUAUAUAAAGACCACUUGGCGGCACAGCAUCCCACUGCUUGCAAGGUGCAAGGCGACAAGAAGAGAAAGAAUUUGUAGAAAAAAUUUGACUAAUUGCUUGAAUAGCUCGCAUGCUUGGUUUCUAUCUUGCAGCGACAAUUUCUAGCCAAUUCCAAACGUGAAGUGCUUCAAUAGAGUUGUUCAGUUAAAAACCAUUGCGAGAUGACGUUCGAAGAGAAUGAGAUGACUAUUCAGCUUUUGGACCCUGCUGACGAUGGCACAAUCUUGAAGGAACGGAAAGUGAAAAAAGAGAAACUGCCGAAGGGAAAACGCGAGUAUAGCGAGACUCAUCUGCUAAGAGAAUGUCCAAAGAAGCCGAUUAAAGUCAAGAACGUGAGCCCUUGCAUUUUCGACGUCAUUUUUGAUUAUUUAGAAACGGACUCCAUCACCAACCAGGAGAUUGAGCAAGUGGCGAAGUGGAUUUACCUGGCCGUCGAGUCCGACAAGAACAAGAGGGACAGCAUGUCCAGGCUGAAAGCGGCAAGCGCUGAUUUGCUCUCAUCGAGCCAUUUGAUCAACAAGGGCAACGUCUGGAAAAUCAUCAGCGAAAACAUCAAUGUCGAAGCCAUCGCCUCCGCGUGCAAAAAGACGCUGUGCACGAAUGCAGAAGAAUUGCUGAAAAGUCCAGAAUUCUUGCAACUCGAGCCAAAUGUCAUCUCCCACUUCCUGAAGCUGGAGGGCUUGAGAGUCGAUUCGGAGAUGCUGCUGGUCCGAGCUUGCCUUGCCUAUAAUCGCCAGUUGAAACGCGAAGUUGAUAACGUUACAUUCCGUAAAUACUUCCUUCCUCACCUCCGCCUGCUGACCCUAACGGUAGCCGAGCUGGGCGAGAUUGAACAUUUGCUGACCCUCGAUGAAAAGCUUAUUCUGGUUCACCUCAUACUCGAAAAAGAGUAUUUCUUGAAUAUCGAAGAUCUGGUGAAUGCAGGUAGCAUCGAACCGAACCAACUGUGCUCGGAAAGGCAGGUGCGCUACCGUGGAGAUUUCCAGACCAUGGAAAUCGUGCCUGACGAGGAGAUACUCGAUCUGACUGGCGUCUUCCGCAACGGCUUAUUCUCCACGAUCAAACAUUCAACGUCCGAGUUCGAGCUUUCGUUUGUGGCGCUCAGGAACAUCCGAAUCAGGCGCAUCGUCAUGUUCACUCCAGUGCACUUGCUCCCCGACGACUUUUUCUGCCCCGACGUUGUCAAAAGCUUAGAAAUCAGGCAGAAAGAGAGGAUUCUGAUCAUGUCUGGGAAUUUCACGUUGACGUACAAGGUCUGGGAAGGUGAGAAACUCCUAGCUACCAAUGAAUAUAAGUCGGACGAAAAGUUUGAAUUCAACCGGUUGGGUGUGUUCCCCACGGACAUUCCGGUGUCCAAGUCGGCCAAAUUGACUUUGAAGGUGACCAGCCGCGCCGAUUGGAAGAUGCGCCACAUCGAAAUCCAGAAAGUCAAUGAUUUCCUGAAUAAAGAGGCAAUCGGCAAAGAGAUCGUCAGCGGCCUCACUGUGUCCUCUAAAAGUGAGAAGUACACUGUCUUCAAGAGCAUCCAAUACACUAGCGACUAGAUUGUUGUGCUGAUGUUAUGGUCAUUGCUAGGUGCUGCAUUGACCCUCGAUAUUUUUUUGUAUUGAUCAUUAAAAAUGCUUGAUCAGUUAGAAAAAUGCUUA